UAUGUUGAUAGUAUUCGUGCGCUGGGUUAACUCGGCCCGAUUGUCAGUCUUUGUGUGUUCGCUCUUCGAUCUUCUGGUAGCUGUGAAAAAUUUACUAAAAAUAUUUAAUAAUAUUUAAACAGGGAACACACUUUAGAUUUGCCAAUAAAAAACGUAAAAAUUACAAGUACACACGUUUAAAAACGCAAAUAGCUAACCAAUAUGGCUGACGUAAUGAAUAUUGACAGCAUAAUUUCACGAUUGUUGGAGGUGCGUGGUGCAAGGCCUGGAAAGAAUGUUCAAUUAUCGGAGAGCGAAAUUCGUGGGCUUUGCUUAAAGUCGCGUGAGAUAUUUCUAUCACAACCUAUUUUGCUUGAAUUGGAGGCACCAUUAAAAAUCUGUGGAGACAUUCAUGGUCAGUAUUAUGAUUUGUUGCGUCUCUUCGAAUAUGGCGGUUUUCCACCAGAAUCCAACUACUUAUUUUUGGGAGAUUACGUUGACCGUGGUAAGCAAUCUUUGGAAACUAUUUGCUUGCUUUUGGCGUACAAGAUUAAAUAUUCUGAGAACUUCUUUCUGUUGCGUGGUAAUCAUGAGUGCGCCAGUAUAAAUCGCAUCUAUGGAUUUUACGACGAGUGCAAACGUCGUUAUACCAUAAAAUUGUGGAAAACUUUCACGGACUGUUUCAAUUGUUUACCAGUUGCUGCUAUCGUUGACGAAAAAAUAUUUUGCUGCCAUGGUGGUCUCAGUCCUGAUUUGUCGUCAAUGGAACAAAUUCGACGCAUAAUGAGGCCAACAGAUGUCCCCGACCAAGGUUUGCUUUGUGAUUUGUUAUGGUCUGAUCCCGACAAGGAUACUAUGGGCUGGGGUGAGAAUGAUCGUGGAGUUAGUUUUACAUUUGGCGCUGAAGUUGUUGGUAAAUUCCUUCAAAAACAUGAUUUUGAUUUGAUUUGCCGUGCUCAUCAAGUGGUCGAAGACGGCUACGAGUUUUUCGCAAAACGGCAAUUGGUGACGCUGUUUUCAGCACCUAAUUAUUGUGGUGAAUUUGACAAUGCCGGCGCUAUGAUGUCUGUGGAUGACUCUUUAGUGCUCGUUUCAGAUAUUGAAACCGGCAGACAAACGUAAAAAAUAAGCGAAACACAUAGUCGCUGCUGCAAGUGCACCAAUAAAAACAUCAACAGUAACAACACACUAUAAUAGUAAUAUGUCUAAACAAGAAUAUAGCAACAGCAAAUAUAAGACGAAGUAAUUGUUAAAAAGUUGAUUUGAUAUAUAAAAUCAAAAAGGAAAGGAAAACAACCAGUUUUACAGACAUGGAGCUAAGAAGUAAACAAACAAUGCAGAGAGAUGAAAGAAACAAAAUAAACACAAAUUUAACAAAAACAUUUAAUUAACAAAAAUACUUUUUCUUAAAUUUUACUUAAAUGUAAUACAUGUAAUUGCAUGAAUAAAUCAACAACAAACGGCACUUCUCACUCAUUUUGACCGAGCCAAUAUCUUACUUUUAUCGGUUUUGAUCGGGUUGAGUUAACCAAAUCCUGGUAAACGAUUGUUAUAUACUUUUUAUAAUAAGUUUGUGUUUUAAAACCAUGUGCUGAAUUAACUCUUUGUAUGACGACGCUACUCUGGAAAAAAUAAAAAAAAGCUAUAUUUUACUCUCGAUGGACAGUAAGAAAAAUUAUAGCUCUAUAGCUCAUAGAAUA